GUGCUGACCUUCCUCGGCCUGCUCGCCAUCCUGAUCAUGAUCGGAGUGAACACGGGCGCGAUCAGACAAUUGGCCCAGGAUUAUUAUGGAUUGGAGCAGGAUGGGCUCACCCCUGACGAGUUUAAUCACGCUUUGUCAACAUUCGCCGUUCUUCUCGUCAUUUUCAUCUGCAUCUCCGGCCUCAUCGAGGCGUAUUUCCUCGAGGUUAUCUACCGGUUCUACGUGUUUUUGAAGGAACGCGAGACCUCCUUCAACUUCAAUUUCGACACGUGCACCCCGGGAUUCACCCCAAAUAACCCCCCAAAUUACGAUGGCAUGCUCGGA